AUGACAGAAAAGAAAUGGUGCAAGUGGUAUAAACACAUGGCACAGAGUGAGAGAGACAUGGUGCAAAACCAAUAUGCUACUUGUAGUACCGGUGUUUGUUUUAAUGGCGGUACGUGUACCGGAGGCUACUCGCAAUCUUGCCAAUGUGCGACAGGAUUCCAGGGACCAAGAUGCCAGUACGAUACCAAUGAAUGUCUGUUUAACAAUGGCGGAUGUCAGGGGUCAUGUUGUAACACGAUUGGAAGCUUCUAUUGCAAAUGUACAGCUGGUCAGGAGCUAUCGUCAGAUGGUAAAUCAUGCAUUGACAUUGACGAAUGCAAGAUCAACAAUGGCGGUUGCUCUGAUACAUGUACAAACACGUUCGGAGGCUACCAGUGCGAGUGUCCAGAUGGACAAAAACUACACGCUGAUGGCCGUACAUGUGUCCCUGAAGAUGGUUGUCUGAUUGAUAACGGCGGUUGCGAGCAUCAGUGUAUUAGUCAUGAAUUUGGCGCGUACAGGUGCCAGUGUUUCUCAGGAUACCGUCUUGCACUUGGCGGCAAGAGAUGUGAAAUUGCGAACCCCUGUCGUAUCAACAAUGGUGGAUGUGCUCACACCUGUCUGAACUUUGAAGGAUUAGCUCACUGCAGUUGCAACACUGGAUAUGAACUCAAUGAAGACUUGCAUUCCUGUACAGAUAUUGAUGAAUGUGCAAGUAAAAUUGACGAGUGUGCUCAGACGUGUAUUAACACAGAGGGUUCAUACCGCUGUGCUUGCAAACCAAACUUUGAACUGGAGGACAAUGGAUUUAAGUGUUACAGAAUAGUUGUUGAUGUCGUUACACCGUGCAAUUUAGAGGGUGGAUGCGAUCCAUGUUUACAAAAUAACGGUGGUUGCGAACAUGAGUGUCGAGCAGUGGGUGAUACCAUUCAGUGUGCCUGUUACAAGGGCUACGUUUUAGCAGGCAACUCGGGUGCCUGCGAAGGUUCGAUUACUUGUUUCUGUUGUGUUUUGUUUUUACUCAUGCUUCUAAACUGUCAUUUUCCAUAUUUAUCCAACACUUUCCUUUCAUAGCAGAUAUUUUGUUUUGCAUAUUUCUCCUGCUUUUCUCUUGUUUCCUGUUCAAUAUUUUUAGCAUCAUCUUCCCUCUUCGUUUGAACCUUGCAUUUCCCGAUUUGUUUGAAUCCUUGCUUUUUUGAACAUUUGAUAGAAUGUAUAUAAUAUAUAUCGUAUAUAUAUUUAUGCUUUGCAGUAGCAAUCAGAGAAUGAAUUCAAGUUUCUAAACAGCUAACCCAAGCAGCGAAUCUGGCCCUGACUUCAUUUCCAUAGCGACAACUUGUUAAUUACAAAUGUAUUACAUAUACCAUAUUUUUCCCUUACUGCUAGCUUUUAUAAAUAUUAUAUAUUCUUCCGAUGUGCUGACAAACAUAUAGAAAGUUUUUCAUUUAUUAUAUAAGCUUCACACAGUUUUACACAUGCUCAAUGAAGGAUGAAGUGGAAAUGAAGACAUAUAAAUGAAUAAGUUGAUAAUAUAAAGAUGGCUGUAGUUAUGACGGCUAUGGUCACGAUAGCUGUGUUGAUUCAGUAAGGGGGUUGAGAAAUUUGUAAACUGACCCCAACCUGGAUUGACUCGCAUGCCUGCUUGAAAUUGCUCUCAAUUUUGACUCUCGGGGCUGACCUGGGUUGAUCCUGUAAAGUUCAACAACUUGUUAGAAUCUAUGAAAAAUGUGGACGAUAUUUAAUCAAAAUUUUGAGCCAUAUGAUGUGUGUUUAUAUGUCUCAAACUGUGAGAUAGUCAUUGUGUGCAUGAAACUUCAAGUUUAGCUUAAUCAUUUUAUUUUAUAUAUAUAAAAUAUGUUUAUGUACAUCAAUAGAAAAAUAGACAGAGGUCAUAGUCUGAAUUCCUCUUUAGAACACCACAAU